AUGUUUAAAAACUAUGCAGAAUCUUGCAGAACAAAAGAACACGCUUUUCACUUUGGGGCCGUUCAGAUUCGUUCCGAGACAGCCCUUGGUAGCAGUAUCCCAGAUUUAUUCAUCGCCCUCCUCGUCUUUGGACACGUGACUAGUAAUCCUGUCCUCAAGAAGAACGACAGGCUUCUGAUUUCUGAGCAAUCUUUCUCCCGGAAGCUUCAGGAGCCAUGUAGCGCUUACGACUUCUUAGGUGGCCAGAUAGCAUUCGUGGACAUGUUGAGACUUGAACAGGAGUUCGUGAGCACUCUGGAAGACAAGGCGAGGGAUAUGUUUACGUCGAUUGGAGAUUGUGCCAAUUUAACGUCCAUCCCUGACCCUUUAUAUUACAUUCCUGGCGUGGAACAACUGAAGAAUCUAACAUUUUCUCGGGCCUUGCAAGUGUUGGACGAGUUGAUUGUAAACUACACUGCACACGUUUAUUUUUCGAAGUCACAAGAAGAAAACAUUUCUUGCUACCGUAGCUACCAAGCGCAGGAAGUCGUCGUUAACCUGGAGCAAGUAAGAUGUUACCUCCUACACGUGGACCAAAUACGAGGGCAAAUAAUUGACGCCAACAGUUCAGCAAGGAAGAUUUUAAACACAAACAUGAUUGACUUAGCAGUGUGCUCCCUCCGGUUUUCUAGAGAUUGUUAUAUAUUUAAAGAUGUAACAACCCUAGCGGAGAUAUUAAACGGAUAUCUGGACAGUCAGAUUUCGCUGAACGAGGACGGAACUACUCCAACCUAAUGAAAAACUCUUGAAACCCCCUGGUGGCCAAACGGUGACUCAGAAAGUGUCCCGGACAUCAUAGACAUUCUUCCUUUUGCAUAUCAUCCUCCACGAACGCUCCAGUUUUCGCGAGGGAUUUAAAGUGAUCCGCGAAAUAUGAAUCCACACGAGAUGGAUGUUAAACAAAUGAUCAAAGUUCAGAUGAGAGAAUAUGGGUUAUAAAUAAAUCAGUUAUUUUUUUUCUUUGGGGGGGGGGGUACACGUGAAUAUUUUUCUGUAAAACUCCUAUGCUUUUGUUAGUC